CGAAGAAGAAGCAACCGAGAAUGUUGAACAGUGUUACCAAGGCUAACUUUAAUGAUCGUUAUUCGAAAAAAUUUAGGGAGAGGAUUAACAUUGUCGAUGGGAAUGAGAUACCACGGCAGACAACGUCAAGGACAACUACGGUUACUAAUAGAUACAGUAGGAAAAAGAUCGAUAGUUUGAGACCUUACGAUAAAAUUUCGAAAAGUGUUACGACGGUAACAUCGACCCAGUCAUCAUCAUCAUCAUCGUCAUCAUCGUCGUCGUCGUCGUCCUCAUCAAAAAGACGAGAGUUCAGACCAAGAACGGCUACGUAUCGUAGACAUUCCGAAUUACCAACUACUACUUUGCUCAUACAAACGACAAACAAGGUCGACAAUACGCAGGGUGUUGCGAUCACCCCUAAAACGCCCAAGUAUCACGCGACCUUGAAAAGUUCAACGCCGAUCGAAACUCGAUCGAUACCGCAGGAGCCGCAAGUUAGCGUUAGGAUAACCAACGAUACCAAUCCAAUUGAUACUGGUAUUACCGACAGCAGCAAUGGGAAUACUGGUACAACAAGUAACAUCUUCAAUCCAACAAGAAGUGCCUUUCUAAGUGGUAACAGUACUCUACUGCAACAACUACGCAGCACCGUAGCGCCACUUCUCAGCUCUCUGGGUAACAGGACACCUAUAUUUGCUGAGUCUUACAGUAACGUUAACAACGGAAGCUCUACACCUAGGAUCACACCAAACGGAUCACCACCAAGAUUCAGUGCUAGGUACAAAGGAGCCGAAUUGUUUGUUAGAAAGCCAACAGGUUAUCAACCGACUGUACCAUCGAUCACUAGCUCUUCGACAACUCAAAUAACUCCGAUAGAGAACAUUGGUUCGGUACUACCACCGCCUAUUGAUAUUUCCAGUCCUGGAGAGCCGAAAUUUUUAACAUACUAUCAAGCAUUGGAAUCGGCUAGCGUCCGAAACGAGCAAGGGAAUUUUCAACAACAGCAACAACUUAAUGACACUGUAACACAGGUAGACUCUAACAACGCAACUAACGGCACCAAUGGCACCAACGCCAAUUCUAACAAUGACACGAGUCCCAACUUAGAGAUCGCGAGCCCACAGACCCCAGACAAUACCACGACCCAACCGGAUAAUCUAUCGAAUGAAAACAUAAACCAGGACACGGAGAAUCCCACUGUUACUACGGAUGGUUUACCCGAGUCAUUAAAUGUAUCCAUGACCGUUGAACCCACAGAGUCUUUGUCCACCAUUACAGAUUCGAUGAUAGAAACUAACAUGACAACCUCUACCGAUUUAUCUACGAGCGUUGGUGUUGUUGAGGAUACGUCAACGACACAGGAAAGUCCAGUUAGUACAGAUCUAAUGGAUACUAUGUCUUCUUCUACCCCCGUUAUUACGGACAGUUUGUCUUCUACUACUACAAUGGAACCUAGUACUAUGAUAGUGACCCCUAUGAACGAUGUUAUUACAACUACUGUAACCCAGUCGUCAGAUUUGACCGGAACAAUGAGUUCCACUACAGAUUUAUCUAGUACCAUGGAGUCUACUACUACCAUGGCGAUGACGAGUGAAUCAUCGAGUGAGAAUCGUUCGUUAGAUUUAUCAGGUACUACAGAAAUGUCCAAUAACGUUGAUACGGUAUCAACUGGUACCACACAAAACGUUGAAAGUUCUUCGAUUCCGUUGGACACCACAACUAUCGUCACUACCGAAUCGACGACAACUUCGCAAACAUCAUCUACCAUGUCUACGACUAAUGUCUCUCCCAUUGAAACGUCCACCGAAAGUAUCGAGAGUAACACGAUAGAGCAGUCUGGUGUAAUUUCGAGUAGCAGCGAAUCGAAUGAUCAAACAUCGACGAUAAGAAUAACGACGACUGAUCUACCAAUAGUAACAACUUUCCGAACGAAAUUGAUAGACUUUGCUCAAGAUAUUUUAUCACGUUUGCAAAGUGCUAUAGCAGGAACAACCUUGUCACCUAUUUUAACAACGACUCCAACUACAACGACUCCAGCUGAAACAACCAUGUCGUCUGUUUUAACGACUACUUCGAUCGAUACAACCUUAUCACCUGCUUUAACAACGACUCCAAGUGCAACAACAGCCGAGACACCAACUUCAACGCUCGAUCAGUCGAAUACCAGUUUGAAUAAUCAAGUUGAGAGUACCACGAUGAUGGCAGACGUAGUUCAGCAACAAGAGUUUACUACAAUUUCUGACGAUGUCACAUCUUCGAGAGAUGUCCAAUCAGAAUUAAGAGAGACUACUACAGCCACACCUUUAUCGAUGGAUGUGUCUACUCAAGAAGCAGUAGGUUUCACCGAUUCAGAAACAAAUACCCUGGAUAAUGUUGAAACUAGUUCUACUACAGAUUCGAGCACAACAGCUAACGCUGAAAGCUCUGAUUUAACAUUGGACGUAGAAUCGCUAACUCAAAGUCAAACGUCGAUAAGCCCUGAGAAUGAAUCCAGUGUAAAUAUUACCCCAGAGAGCCCCAUUAAUACAACAACAGAAAUGACUACUACUUUAUCGUCAACGAACUUGCAAGAUUCUACCGUAGAAAGCAUUAUUAGCAAUGACCUUAAUGAUACCUUACUCACAGAAUUAAUGACAAUCGCGAAGUCCCUGUUUUCGGAAGCCAUGAACGAUACUUCCGUUCAAACUAUAUUGGACAAUAUUUCCAGCACAAUCGAUUUGGAAAGAAAUAUGCAAGAUAUUGAAAAUAAUUCGACUACUGAUUCUAGUACAACAGUGAAUAAUACUGACGACGGUUUCCUUAAUGAUAGUACAACGGAGAACGUACAAGAGUUUUCUACCGAAGUUCCAUCAGAACAGGUAGAGACAGCACCGAUCAGUUCAGAACCUGAAGAAGAUACUACUUUAACAGUCGACCUAUCUGAAAAUGAGAUAGAAUCAACUCCCAUAAGCCCAACAACGAUUACUAAUACCGAAAUUCUGGACGAUAGUUUAGCCCUUAACGUAACUCAGAACGAAAUGGAAUUCGUUCGGACAAAUGAUACGACAAGUUUCGAAUUAGGAACGACGUUAGAAAAUUUAGAGACUAUUACUGCCACUGAAUCCAUCGAGAACGAUAUAGGAACUGUCGCGAAUGAAGAUUUUGAGAAUAUAACUGAGAGUUCUACGAGUAUUACGCAGGAAAGAGAAACGACGACAGUUUCUACUGCUGAUAUCGAAUUGACGACGCUCAGUUAUGAUUUUCAAUCGACUACGGCCCAGACCCAGAUAACUACCCCUGUAGAAAGUAUAGAUAUAUCGAUCUCAUCUACCCCAACUAUGGUAACAGAAUCAUCGACAACCAGCACUGUGGUAAACGACGAUCGGUCGCCGAUAACGACUCCUUUAAAUAUUGAUAGUCAGACAACUGUUAGCCCAACAGAAACAACGUUAUCGUCCGAAAACUUCGAACUUUUGACCCAGUCGAGUGUAACGAACGAUAGCAGUAAUAGUACUAAUCUCGUUUCAACCGAGCCCAUGUCAACCGCUACAGUAACAGAGCCCACAGCUACAACGGAAUUGGUAGCUAAUAAUGAUGAUAUCGUAACGAGCCAAUCCCCUGAAAUAAUUAUUACCGAAAACAUAACAACAGAACCGGCUCUUGAUCAAUCGAUCGAUAUCGACAGAACUAACCAAACAAUUGAAAUGACCUCGACGGAAUUGAUUGUUAACGAUGCAGAGGUAACCACUAACUCACCCUUACUAACAAACGAUACAGAUUUGUUGGAUUUAACGAAUAUUACUGGGACUACCAUCACUAACCAGGCAAUCGAAACAACCACAACGAUAAUGCUCACAGACCCCCCAUCAUCGCCCAUUGACUUCAUGAACACCAUUCCAACUGAUAUUGACCGUUUGCAGGAUGCUACGCCAACAACUGCCCAAGGGACGGCAGCCUCAGGAACAAUGCAAUUCGAUCAAACGAACGAUACCACCAUCAUUCCUACCACCACCAUCAUCACAGAGUCUCCAACAGCAACAACGUCAGACUCUUCCAAUUCCUUGAUCACUGAAUCCUCUCCAUCUGGCACAUCGACUUCCAUUGAUACGACGACGUUAAUCACGACAACGACGACGACGACGACGAUGACAACGACGACGGAAACGAUGACGACCACGACGACACCGUCAUCUUCGAUUACCAAUCGUCCACCUGAUACUACUACCGAAGAUAACGUUGAUAUAAAUGAUAAUCUGAUAUCCACCGAAGCAUCAACGAGCAUGCCAACAUCUACUACAUCGUUGCCGGAAACUUCCGAUUCGAUAUCCAGAAUGGAUACGAAUAUCCAAACAACGAUGACGGAUUCAACCACAGAAACAACACCAACCACAGCAUCGGGUUCAACCUCUACGACUACCAUUACCAUGCCAACCACUAUCUCUCAAACUAUACCGAGCAUGCCUGCAUUUUCAUCAGUUCGAACUCCGGUUACCACUCAGACUAGUUUCACGACACCGUAUUUGGGUCGAUUCGGUGGUAGCAGGCUAACUCCAGCACCUAGAUUUAGUCCUAGCUCGUCGACCAAAGUUCCAUUAAGGGAUUAUCACGUAUACGGGAUAUAUCCUAAUAAAACGAUCGUCAGGAAACGCCCAGAGGAUAAUCUAAUCGAUGCUAGAAACGUUGACAGCCCAUACGUCAUUUUUGGUAUCUACCCUGAUGGCAGAUUGGUCCGGAAGUUCCCAAAUGGCACGAUCAUACCAGAUCCACCAAGCAAUCCGGUUGAGGUUGUCUUUUCUCUUAGCACUACAACUACCACUAACAGGCCACAACCCGUGUUCUUUUAUAACCAGGCUAACCAAGGCACUUUUAAUCAAUAUCAAGCCCCGAACUACUAUAAUAAUCGUAGACCCGUCGGCAACCCGAUGACAAAUGGUCAAAACUUUGGCACCGUUGAUUUGGGACUUACUGGUAACGCGAUCGCCGGAUCAAACGGAGGUGGAGCCGAUUUCUUGGGCCCACUUGGUACCCCUGGUAGCCUCGCGACCACAAAUACAAUGGGAUCUCGACUAAAUGGUAUUAGCGGGGCCGGUCGUAUCGUUCAAGAUCGACAAAGGGAUGAAGCUAGUAGAUCUAGGCAAUCUGGAGAUCAACGGAAUUCGGUUUACAUUGGACAGGAUAGGUUCGUUAAUUAUUGGACUAAUGGUUCACCAAACACCAAUCCACGUGUUGUCAGUGUCAACAUAAAUUCAGUUGCAAGUGCAGCGAACGAAGGACCAGCAUCGACUUCAGGAAUGGUACAAUCCUUUAACAAUUUGUUGAACGAUCAAUCUAAUGGUGGUCAGAUAACAGCACCUCCAGGAUUCCCAUGGAGAGAUCCUUUGGAUCAGAUAUUUGGAAUUACAACUAAUUCCCCAGUAAUAACAGCAUCGAUCGCAUCGAACACUUUGGACGACUCCAGCGAAGGUAAUCCAAUGUUCGAUGCACGUCCUGUAAGUCCAUUCGUAGAAGUUUUUACACCAGCUUCUGGUAUCGUGUCUUCUUCUAUCACCGCUGCAAUGUCUACUACCACAACUGCACCAACAACAAGUACUGUCACUACAACUACGCCAACUCCAACUACAACUACAACUACAACUACACCAGCUCCAACUACAACAACAACAACAACAACAACAACGACAACACCAGCUCCAACAACAACAACAACAACGACGACGACAACGACGACGACAGCUCCAACAACAACUACACUAGCUCCAACAACAACUACACCAGCUCCAACAACAACCACAGCAGCUCCAACAACAACCACAGCAGCUCCAACAACAACUACAACUACACCAGCUCCAACGACACAGGCUUCAACCUCAACAACUUCAUUGAAAACGACACCAUUCGGAUUAUCCAAUGAUAUUCCAUUAAAUAUGCGAACACAAAACGCAUUUGGUACGACAUUCGACGAUCUCGCAUUUUUGAAUUCACUUUUACAGCCUAACGAUGCCCCAACUACGCAAAAAACUCUGAACGAAGUGGAAAAGAUUUUAGCCAAUAAGAUCCUAUCUCUUGCCUUGGGUAAUGCUGGACCUACACGUUCACCAAAAGCUAUUCAAUUAGCCAAUGCAUCCCCAAAUUCACUACAAGUCUCGUCGUCGUCAUCCGCACCUAUAAUCAUCGACUUGUUACCAUCCACCACCACUAUGAAACCUUCAACGAUCGCUUCUACGUCAACCUCAAGAUCAAUUAAAAUUACCACCGAAUCUGGAAUUAAUCGGAAAGUACCUGUUAAAAUCGCAGAUCUAUCAGCCAGUGCACAAACUCAUAGCGCUUCUGUGUCCACUACGACCAAAGAACCUAUCGUUGUCACGGCAAAGUCUAUUACAACGAAACCUAAGAGCACAACAGUUCCACCGGUUCAAGGUCUUGGUGCAAGCUUGUUGCAAGCGCUCUUUGGUGGUAACUUUUUUGGGCCCACUAGCACAGCCAAACCCGUAACUAAAAUUACGACUACUAAACCGAAAACAAAAACAAUACCGAGAAUCGUCGAGAUCACUCAAAGGCCAGUCUCAACGACCCAAUCUUCCGUAACAUCUAGAUCUGUCAAUGUCUCUGAGAUUGUAAUUAAUACCGUGAAAGAAACAACGAUUCCAAAACCUAACACGACGACAAAACCGAUCAGUACGACAACGACGCAACGUGCAUUAUUGAACAAUCCAAAUCCUAGAUUACCUAACGUUGUUAGCUCAACUUAUUCGCCCGAGGACGAUGCCAAGUUCUUAUCAGCUUUGUUCAACGCGAUUCAAGAAUCAAAUACGAAGAAACCUGUUACACCUGUUCCAACGUCGAUCGAAGACGACGAAGCUUUCUUGAGAGCGAUACUAUCCGGUCAAGCUAAACUUCCCUUAGUCAAAAGUACGUCCUCUCCUGAAAUCAACAACGCGGCUCUUUUAGCGGCCCUUUUGAAGGCUCAGGGCAUCGAACCUUCGACACCAGCUACAAAUAUUCGACAACAGUUACAAUUAGCUAGCUUAAACAACAAUCUCGUUUCGCUUCCACCGACAACCACGAGUACAUCUAGACCUUAUUCUACAUCAACGAGUAUUACUUCAAGGCCAAUUACGAGUACCACGAUGACGACGAGAAGACCAACGACUUCAAGGCCAAGGCUUCAAACGACAACGUGGUCACCUAGCUCGACUUAUCCACCACCAUUGUUCAGUGGGUUCUCUAAUUUUGGUAAUCCAGUUCAAGAAUCACAAAAAGAUAAUGACGGAUUAGCUGGAGAUGGUGUUAGAAAUCAGGUUGUGAACGUUGCCCUUGGUGCUACCAGAGCGUUCAGUCAGUUCCUCGGUGCUGCCAUUACGGGCGCAGCACAACAGUUGCAGUCUUUCGUAAGAAACGGCACCAGAAUCGUUUCGGAGGUCGUUGGAUAGGAUUAAAACGAAUGAAAAAUUCUCUAUAGAUAUAUCAUCGAUCGAAAAGAAUAUUCGCAAUUAGAUCUAUGACCAAAUGAUCUACGAUCGAAUGAGAUAGAUCGAAUGUUUUUAAUUCUCCGGUUAACGCCAGAGAAAUUUAUUCGACGAUAGUUCUACGAUUAUGAACGAUAAAAUAUUUAUAUUUUAUUUACUUAACUUAAUAUCAUUGGCAACGUUAAUCGUCUCCUCUCUGUCAGUAACUUUGCGUACUUCUUUCUUUUUUCUUUUUU